CCUGCGCCGGGCCGCGGCGCGGAGGCCCCGGGCCGCCCGGCUCGGCGGGGCCGCCGCGGCCUGCUCCGGCCCCGGUCCCUGUCCCGGCUGCUCCCGUCCCGUCCCGUCCCGUCCCCUCCCCAGCCCCGCGGCGGGCCGGGCCCGAGGCGCCCCGGGCCCGUACCGCCCGCCGGCGCCGCUCCAGCCCGGGCUAUAAAUACCCGGCGCCGGAUUAAGCGAAGUAGGACGCGGGGAGGCCGAGGAGGAGGGGGUGGCGGCGGCGGGCAGGUCUGUCCCUGCGGCCCUCCGGGAUGAAGCUGAAGAAGCAGGUGACAGUGUGUGGAGCUGCCAUCUUCUGCGUGGCUGUCUUCUCCCUCUACUUGAUGCUGGACCGGGUGCAGCACGACCCCACGCGCCACCAGAGCGGGGGCAACUUCCCCAGGAGUCAGAUCUCGGUGCUGCAGAACCGCAUUGAGCAGCUGGAGCAGCUGCUGGAGGAGAACCACGAGAUCAUCAGCCACAUCAAGGACUCGGUGCUGGAGCUGACGGCCCAUGCGGAGGGGCAGCCGGCGCUGCCCCACCACACGCCCAAUGGCUCCUGGGUGCUGCCCCCUGAGAGUCGCCCGAGCUUCCUCUCUGUCUCCCCCCAGGACUGCCAGUACGCCCUGGGGGGCAAGGGCCAGAGCCCAGACCUGCAGAUGCUGGCCGUGUAUUCCCUGCUGCCCUUUGACAACCAGGAUGGUGGCGUGUGGAAGCAGGGCUUUGAUAUCACCUAUGAGCCCAAUGAGUGGGAUGCUGAGCCCCUACAGGUCUUUGUGGUGCCUCAUUCCCACAACGACCCAGGCUGGAUCAAGACCUUUGACAAGUACUACUAUGACCAGACGCAGCACAUCCUCAACAGCAUGGUGCUGAAGAUGCAGGAGGACCCACGCCGGCGCUUCAUCUGGUCUGAGAUCUCCUUCUUUUCCAAGUGGUGGGACAACAUCAGUGCCCAGAAGCGGGCUGCGGUGCGGAGGCUGGUUGGCAAUGGGCAGCUGGAGAUGGUGACGGGUGGCUGGGUGAUGCCUGACGAGGCCAAUUCCCACUACUUCGCCAUGAUCGACCAGCUGAUUGAGGGGCACCAGUGGCUGGAGAAGAACAUCGGUGUGACGCCCCGGUCGGGCUGGGCCGUCGACCCCUUUGGGCACAGCUCCACCAUGCCCUACCUGCUGAAGCGCUCCAACCUGACAGGCAUGCUCAUCCAGCGCGUGCACUAUGCCAUCAAGAAGCACUUUGCUGCCACCCAGAACCUGGAGUUCAUGUGGAGACAGACAUGGGACCCAGAUGCCAGCACCGACAUCUUCUGCCACAUGAUGCCCUUCUACAGCUACGAUGUGCCCCACACCUGUGGGCCAGACCCCAAGAUCUGUUGCCAGUUCGACUUCAAGCGCCUGCCGGGUGGCCGGAUCAACUGCCCGUGGAAGGUGCCUCCCCGAGCCAUCACCGAUGCCAAUGUGGCGGAGCGAGCCCAGCUGCUGCUGGACCAGUACCGCAAGAAGUCCAAGCUGUACCGCAGCAAGGUGCUGCUGGUGCCGCUGGGAGAUGACUUCCGCUAUGACAAGCCACAGGAGUGGGAUGCCCAGUUCCUCAACUACCAGCGCAUCUUUGACUUCCUCAACUCGCAGCCCAACCUCCAUGUCCAGGCACAGUUUGGGACACUCUCCGACUACUUUGAUGCUCUGUACAAGAAGGUGGGCAUCGUGCCAGGGAUGAAGCCGCCUGGGUUCCCGGUGCUGAGUGGGGAUUUCUUCUCCUACGCGGACCGGGAGGAUCACUACUGGACAGGCUACUACACCUCCCGGCCUUUCUACAAGAGUCUGGACCGGGUGCUGGAGGCCCACCUCCGGGGGGCAGAGAUCCUGUACAGCCUGGCGCUUGCCCACGCCCGCCACGCUGGCGCCGACGGCAGGUACCCGCUCUCCGACUACGCCCUGCUGAGCAGCGCCCGCCGCAACCUGGGCCUCUUCCAGCACCACGACGCCAUCACUGGCACCUCCAAGGAGGCUGUGGCAGUUGACUAUGGAGUCCGGCUGCUCCACUCUCUCACGAACCUCAAGCGUGUCAUCAUCAAUGCUGCACAUUACCUCGUGCUGGGGGACAAGGACGCCUACCGCCACGACCCUGCUGCACCCUUCCUUGGCAUGGAUGACAUGCGCCCCAACCAGGACUCCCUCCCAGAGAGAACAGUUGUCAGACUGGAUGCCUCACCCCGGUUUCUGGUGGUGUUCAACCCGCUGGAGCAGGAGCGCCUGAGCAUCUUGCCAGUGCUGGUGGACUCCCCGCACGUGCGUGUGCUUUCCGAGGAGGGUCAGCCCCUGCCUUCCCAGCUCAGCGCACACUGGGAGUCUGCUACCAACACGGUGCCUGAUGUCUACCAGGUGUCUGUCCUGGCCCGCUUGCCUGCGCUGGGGCUGCGUGUGUUGCAGCUGCACAAGUCCUUUGACAGCCAUGCUGCACUGAAGUCCUCCGUGCGCCUGUACCUUCACGGCCGGGACUUGCCUGUGCGCAAACAGGAGGCCAUCCCUGUGCACAUCUUCCCAGCCACCACCGAUGACUUCUGCCUGGAGAACCAGCACCUGCAGGCCUGCUUCUCGGGACGCUCAGGCCUGCUGCAGAGCAUCCGCCGAGCUGGGGAGGAGCGGGAGCAGAGGGUGAGCAUUGAGUUCCUCAUCUACGGCACGAGGACUUCCAAGGACAAAAGUGGAGCCUAUCUCUUUCUGCCUGAUGGCGAGGCCAAGCCCUACACCCCCAAGGACCCCCCAGUAGUACGGGUGACGGAGGGACCCCUCUUCUCAGAGGUCGCCAGCUACUACCAGCAUGUCCAGACUGUGGUGCGGCUUUACAACGUGCCAGGGGUGGAGGGCCUCUCCCUGGAUGUGUCUUGCCUGGUGGACAUCCGUGACCACAUCAACAAGGAGCUGGCCCUUCGCUUCAGCACUGACAUCGAGAGUGAUGAUGCUUUCUUCACAGACCUCAAUGGUUUCCAGAUCCAGCCCCGCAGGUACCAGCGGAAGCUGCCGCUGCAGGCAAACUUCUACCCCAUGCCCGCCAUGGCCUACAUCCAGGACACGCAGAGCCGCCUGACGCUGCACACAGCCCAGGCCUUGGGGGUCUCCAGCCUUGGCAGUGGCCAGCUGGAGGUGAUCCUGGACCGGCGCCUCAUGCAGGAUGACAACCGGGGCCUGGGCCAAGGGCUGAAGGACAACAAACGGACCUGCAACCGGUUCCGCCUCCUCCUGGAGCGCCGCGCCACUGCCAACAAGGACGGCCGCCCAGUCAGCUUCCCCUCCCUGCUGAGCCACAUCACCUCCAUGCACUUGAACGCCGAGGCCCUGGUCAUGCCCGUGGCCCAGGAGAAGGUGGCCCCACCAGCCCUGCGCUCAUUCAUGCCCCUUUCCACCACCCUCCCCUGCGACUUUCACAUCCUUAACCUGCGGAUGCUGCAGGCAGAGGAUGACUCGCUACCCUCGUCCGAGGCAGCCCUGAUUCUGCACCGCAAAGGCUUUGACUGCAGCCUGGAGGCAAAGAACCUGGGGUUUAACUGCACCACCAGCCGGGGCAAGCUGGCCCUGGGGGGCCUGUUCCAGGGGCUGGAGCUGGGCUCCCUGCAGGCCACCUCACUGACCUUGAUGUACCCGCUGGGCACGGCCUCCAACAGCACCAACAUCCACCUGGACCCCAUGGAAAUUGCCACUUUCCGCAUCCGCUUGGGGUAGUGUCUCCCAGAGCAGGAGAGGAGCAGACUGGCUGGGCAGCGUGGGAGCAGCCACUGCGCCCAGCAGCACCAGCAUGGCCUGGGAGAGUCUGGGCCAGCAGGCCUGCGGCAGGCAGACGGGCGCUGGGCAGGAGGUGCCGGACUUCAAAGGCUGCUGCCUUCUAAUUUAUUAGUCCUGUGUUCUCAGAUAGAUUUCAGAAGUGAACUGCUGUGGCAGGGCUGUGCAGAGGCUGCCGGAUGCUGCCUGGGCAUAGAGGCUACGGGCUGGGUACUGCUCUGAGCAGAGCAUGGCUGGCAGGGGCAGCGGGCCGGGCUCUGCCGCUGCCAGCAGCAGGGCAGCUGUGCCCAUCCUGCAUUUGCAUGGCUACCCGGGAGGGUGCCCACCCCAGCAUCUUGGGCCAGGGGCCCGUGCUGGGCUCCCCCGACCUGUGGGGCAGCAUGGGGGCUGCCAGGAACCUGGUGGGGUUGGGGCAGCUGGCUGGGGAGGUGCUGCGGACUGGAGACUGAGCUCACCUGGAGCUUGUAGGAAACAUGAGGUUGUUUCAAAGGGCC